UCAUAAUAUAAAGUCCAUCAAAAUCAAGGAACAUGUCAAGGGCAUUUGUUCUCUGGAGAAAUAUGACAUUUAAUGAAACAGUCCAGAAUGUUAAGAUUAGUCUGGUCAAGUUGUAUUCCCUUGCGUCCAUGUUUAUGUAAAUAGCUCCUCAUAACAAAAGACGAUUCUGUAGUUGUCUAUAUGUACCCUGUAGAACCGAAUUUGUGUCCAGAACUAAAAAUCACAAACACGUUUCUACAGGAAUACAUGGGCGACUUAAAAGCCACGAAAUGAAGUUGGUUUUGCUUUCUCACUCUCUCGUUUUUGUACACACUCUUAUACUCACACAAAACGGCGUAUGGAUGAUUUAUACUUAAUGGUCGCUCACUAAAGUGAUAUGUUCACAUUCAGUAUGGUAACGGAUAUGGAUGAGUGACUGAAGAUGGUUUGGGAUCAUGUGACUGUGUGAAAGUUAACGUGCAGUGUGAACACGCUGGCUGUAUUACCUCUUAGAAAAGACAGAUUUACAGCUUUUAUGGGCCAAUAAAAUAUUGCAACCUCCCCACCAAAGCUGUACGGAUCUAGGCUGUGGUCAAUCCAUAAACGCCAACACUAAAACACCAUUUCUAGGCCUAUAACAAUAAUGAAAUACGACCAAAGAAUUCCACGAGAGAAAGAGAGCUGCUGAACAAAAAUGCUUAUGCACUUCAUUUAGAAUAUCAUAGUGCUACUACUACUACUAUUAAUAAUAAUAAUAAUAAGAAGAAGAAGAAGAAGAAGAAGAAAACCUAUAUUGUAAUGAAAAUACAAUAGAAUACAAUGCCACAUCCGAAACUCUACGACUGAUACUACUACUACUACUACUACUACUACUACUACUACUAAUAAUAAUAAUAAUAAUAAUAAUAAUAAUAAUAAUAAUAAUAAUAAUAAUAGUACCUCAAUACCCUAACAAUACCUUAUAUUUAAGUUAAAAGCUGGAGCAGGUGCACUAUGUCUGAAGUUUAGAAGACGCAGUUAUUGCCUGAAAUGAGCCUCACUUAUCUGCAUUACACUACUGACUAUAUUAACCCAUUGUCAUGUUUGGUAGCUGUCUGUCUUUCAGACUACAAAUCUUCUCAAGUAAAUAGGAAAAAGGUGGUGAUGGUCCACGUGUGGCAAAGGAGGAUGGGCCUCUCUCUCUCUUUCUCUCUCUCUUUUUUUCUUUGUGUGUUUGUGUUUGUGCAUAUGUGUCCGCGUGAGUUUGUAUGUGUGUGUGUGUGUGUGUGCGUGUGAGAGAGAGAGAGAGAGAGAGAGAGAGAGAGAAAGAGAGAGAGAGAUUCCCUACACAAUGGCGGCAAAUAGAAGGUAUGUCUGCGCGAGCGAGAAGACUCGGUUCCUUAUCCGGGGACUGCUUCGCCCCCUGCCAUUGGGCCACCGCGUCACGUGGUAAAAGUAACUUUACAGGGUCGCUCGCUAGUAGGAGGGCUUUAUGGAGCAGAAAAACGACAAAGCUAGAAAAAUUAUUUUCCACUCCAGAAAUUAAUGAUCAUGAGCUCGUAUUUGAUGGACUCUAACUACAUCGAUCCGAAAUUUCCUCCUUGUGAGGAAUAUUCGCAAAACAAUUACAUCCCCGAGCACAGUCCCGAAUAUUACGGCCGCGCCAGGGACGCGGGCUACCAGCAUCACCACCAGGAGUUGUACCCUCCACCGCGGGCAAGCUACCAGGAUCGCCAGUACAACUGUACAAGCAUCCCUGAGCCCGACACGCAGCGGGGACAUGGACUACCUCACUCAGGCCACCUGCUCGGAAAAGGGCAGCCAGCCUCGUGCGAGCCCCCACAGUUGCCCCUCUCUCCGGCCACCCCGCCGGCCGCCUCCUCCGCCUGCAACCAAGCCACCCCGGAGCACCCCAACAGCGCGGCUUCGGCAAAGCAGCCCGUGGUCUAUCCGUGGAUGAAGAAGAUUCACGUCAGCACCGUCAACUCGAGUUACAAUGGAGGGGAGCCCAAGCGGUCCCGGACCGCGUACACCCGCCAGCAAGUGUUAGAACUGGAGAAGGAAUUCCACUAUAAUCGCUACUUAACGCGGAGGAGGCGUAUCGAGAUCGCGCACUCCCUGGUGCUCUCCGAGAGGCAGAUCAAAAUUUGGUUUCAGAACCGGCGAAUGAAGUGGAAAAAAGACCACAGGCUACCAAACACCAAAGUCAGGUCCUCCUCAUCCUCAACGGCCAUGUCCUCCGGCUCCAGCGCGGGUUCUGCGGCGGGCGCCGUGGCGGCUGCCUCAACCAGCACCCUGUCUGCCAACGACGAGCUGUCCGGAUCCGAGCGGGGAGAGGAUAUUACAAGGUUAUAAGGGAUCUUAUGCUACGGAGAAGGACAGGAACAGCAACGAGCUCCAAAAUGACUCAUUAUUUAUAGAACAUAAUAUAUAUUUCUUUUUUUUGUUUGUUUGUUUGUUUUUGUAGCUUUUUUUGUGCGUCUGAGGGUUUGCUUUAAGUCCACAGUUAUAUAAAAUGCAUGUUAUAUAGCAUGGAUUAUUGCGAAUACCUAUCUUUUUACGCGAUACAGGGUUUAAUUUAUCGAAACUGAAAGCAGGAAUGUUUUUAUUCCAUUUUGUUCCAGAUAAACAUUGUUUUCGGACGAAGCAGGUUAUAUGGACACAAUAUUCAAAUGUUAUUGAGGGGCCUCUAUGAGCCCGGCUGCCAAGGUGAAGUGCACAAUUGUUCUAUUUAUUUCACACACUUGAGACUGGACGGGGAGAUUGGGGAGAUUUGGCGGGCGGACUUUUUUCCUUUUCUACUGUAAAUGAAGAACACUAUCGACGACAUGGCAUCCAUAAGCUACUGAUCUUGAAACGUCUUUGUUGAUCUGAAAAGAACAUGCUUUGGGUUCACUGUCGAAUGGGGAAACAAGGUUAAGAUUUUAAAUUAUCAUUUAGUUUUGUUGUGAUGAGGUUGUGUUUAGGCUAUUAAAGCAGAUUAUUGUGAGAUGCAAUAAAACGAGUUUAGUGUAUUUGUGAUAAUCAUAUUGGUCAAUAAAAGUAAGUGUCUAUUAGUUUUAUA